AUGAGUUCACAGCGGCAAAUAGACAUAGCGCAGAGAAUUGCAAAAAUACGGCAGCCUGCAGGAGAAGAUGAACCAGAUAGAAUUCUUAGUGGGUGGGCAAAGACGCAUCCUCUUUUCAGAAAGCUUAUGGACGGGGCCCCACAGGGCAUAGAGGAAAAAGUAAACUAUUUAAUACUAAACUCGCAUAAUGAAGACGACUGGACAGCCACUUGCAGAUCAGCAGAGGCUCUUUUCAUCAAGACGCGCAGUGCCAAGAUAGCAGAGACGGCUUUGGCGGCAGCAGAGCAGGAAAAAGAUGCAGACUCACUUGCAAACAUCUUCUAUCUAAUUAAGAAGAUUGUAACAAUCUCCUGGGGUAGUGCAGAUAUAUCUAGUAGAAUAUCCAACCAUAACUUUGUAGGGGAAAAAGAGCAGUAUUUAGCUGUUUCUAUCUCAGAAGCACUGAAGGCCUCGCAGACACUUUCUCCUUGGGUCUGCAGUCUCUUAGAAGCAAGCAGCCAAGAGUUUAGAGUCUGCUUCCUAGCAAAUUUGCUGCUGGACAGAAACAGAAACCUGUACUUUGAUAUAGAAAGAUACACUUCGCUCUAUAAGCUAGGUGAGCAGGAUGUGCAAUUACUGCUGGAAAAGAUCAAGGAACGAGCUGAUCCAUCUGUUAUGCAGAAGAUUGUGCUGUACCUGCUGCCUCUUGUUACCAUGGUAGGGUCCUUAUGGUCACAGCUAGGAAUAGAUGACCUAGUUGCAAGAGUAAAUGAAUUUCCAGUUGAAAUCAUCAUUAAAAUAGCAUCGCAUUACCAGUUCCAGGAGAAUUCGAUAAAUAGAAUUGUAGAAGCACUCAGCCCAAAGAAUAUUCUGGAGAUGGCAGUUGUGUAUAUAAAUAAGGAGUACAAAAUGGCUUCAGAGGAAAGAAUUCUUCAAAGUGUUUUAGCUAGAAUUGAAGAAGACCCAGACAGCAUGUAUAGGGCAGAUAGCCACACCGGCCUGCUUGUUCUUAUGUCUAUGGGGCCAGAGGCCCUAGAAAAAGUCUCUUUCGAAAAAAGUAUAGAAGAAACUGUAGCACUCUUCCUUAGCCAGCUGCUGGAUAGUUAUUCAGAAAUGGAUAAAAACUACGUGGCAGAAAACCAAAGUAGUAUUCUUCUUAAAUACGCACAAAAAUAUCGCACAAAAAGUAUGCCCAGUAGUAGAGUAAUUAAUCAGGCAAUAUGCAAUGGAAUAUGCAUUGUUAAUGAGGUUUAUCCAGACCAUGUUCUAACAGAAAUUCUUGAUACAGUCCAUGGAAGAGAGAUUGUUGGGCUUGCACUGCUUCUUCUGCGAAAGCAAACUGACUCUCCUGUUCUUAUGCGGUGCUGGGAGCAUGCUGUUCUGCGAAGUGCAUCCGUAAAUGCAAAGGAGCACGCAAUACAAAUUGAAAGAAUCAUUGAUACUGACGGGAAUGAUAGAGAUAGGGUAAUUAGAUCAAAAUAUUUGUGCAAUAUUCUGAGCACACUCCCACUGUCUCUCCAGAGAAGAAUAAUAACCGACAGAAGAGUAACGAAAGAGGUCUGGAAAACCAUCAUGGGGGCAUAUAGAACGUACGAAGCAUGCGUUUUGGCAGGACUAACAAACAGCACUACAAUGUGGCAGGGAAUAUCUUGCAGUAAUUCAGAAUACCUGCAGCAGGAUAUUUCUGUGGUAGAAGGCGAGGCCACUAUAUUCCUUGCCCUCCACAUACUCAACACAAACUACCCACUGCACUAUGUGCAGAUAGUGGAUAAGAUGAAGCUUCUGUGCAAUGCUCCUGUUGCAGACACUACCACUAAAUGGAUGUAUUCCCAGAGCAGCAAGUCGUUUGUGUACGAAGGGACAUCAGCGGAGGUAAAGUAUGAUCUCACUAAGGAGAUGGAGAUGCUGCUCAGCAAAGAGAAUGGAUUCAUCCGGAGCAGCACAAUAUACAUGAUAAUUCAAGAGCACAUGUACACUUUGCUAAGAAGAGAAGCCUUCCGUGACUACGUGGUACAUGCUCUGCUAGGCGUGUUUAUAGAUCUGAAUGAAAAUUUAGUAGCACAGCUAGAGAAAAUAGAGACGGACCCAAGGAAUAUAGAAAUGAUUAUAAAGCACUGCACAAAACAGACAGUUGUAAUACCUAUAAAAUCUGUUACCCAGAAGAGGCCUGCCAGCGAUGUUCCAUCAAGGAAGGAGAGGAAGACCAUAGUCACCCUCACACCAGAGCAAGAAGAGGCAUCCAAGAAAGAAGAUAUCCGGCGUACUGGUAUUUUAGCAGCACAGCUAUCUGUCUCCAAGUCUGCAAACGUACAUAGCAUAAAUGAGAACGAGGACGAUAAUUUAGAGGACACAAGCGCAUUACCCACCCAGAACGCACUGCAGAUAAAAGUGAUGGCCGCCCUGAAAAAGUACACACCACAGGAGGUCAACGCAGCAGCAGAGUUUUUCUGCAAAGAGCUUGAAAGGUACUGGAGAAAGGAGAGAGAAAAGAUUUCCUCGCACUUUGAUGCAGUAGUUAAAAUUAUAAAGCUAUUCACAGGCGCGCCUUGCAUUGAAAGACUUGCGCCAAUUCUUAGCGGAUACCUAGACUCUACAUACAUAGUAGACCCAGAUGCGCUCAGUAUACUUAAAGAAAUAGUUCUGCUUGUAAUGAAGAAGUACUCAGGGAAGAAAGCAUUUUCCAUUUUGAACGGCUCAUUCAAAGACAAAAAAAUAAUUAAAGUCUAUAUAGACGCACUGAAAGACUCACCAUCUGAUCUCAUUCAGGAGGUCUUUGCACAUGAGAAGCCUGGCAGCUGGCUGCAUCAGGCUGCCAUACAGGCUAUUACUAGCAGGCGCAGUGAGCCAGCAUAUGAAAUAGCUGUAAAUCAGGCACUCAGCCAGGUCAGCAGCAGAAAUGACGAUGUACUAUUUGGGUGCAUGCAGCUGCUAAAGGAAGAAUACAUGCAUUCCCCGCAUUUGGAUAGUUCUAUAGUGAUAGUGCAGCAUGCUGUGGAUCUGCUUAAAAUACGCACUAAAAUAGACGCAGUAGGCAUGGUGGCUCUGGAGAUACUUAAGUAUGCUUUGUUCACUGCCAAUUAUGUGCUAGACCACAACUCCAAGGAAGAUAUAAUAAGCAGCAUAAAGUACGAUAUAUACCACUACAAAGACAUUCUAGUGUUUUUCUUGAGUGAUGUCCCAAUUACCGAGUUCUUGGAGAUAAUUGGCAAUGUCAACUCCCCUACAGGAAAAUCCGUGCGCUCUACCAUACGGACAAUACUAGCUGAGUACGUUCCAGAGGAAAAUAACGGGCCUACUGUUUUUACCACUCUGCUUGCACAGGUGAAGGAGGGAACAGUGUCAGACAAGCUGUUUAUCAUAAACCUUCUUCGAGAUGUAUUUGAAAGAUACGCAGAGGGCGCUUGGAUCACUCUUUUCCUCAAAACAGCAGAGAUAAUAGCAAAUGAAGAAAAAGAAGAGGUUUUACAAGGUCUUUUGCAGCUUCUGAAAGACAUAGUGGAGAAGUCGCAGCUGAGAAAGAAGAUGAAGAGUAUUUGCAAGGAGUGGAGUGCAAAUCCAAAGCUCCAAAAGCUUGUCAAAAAAAUAUCGAGUGCACUAAAAUAG